AUGUUCAACCCUAUUAUCUGGAUAAUUAUAUAUAAUUGCACUUGUCAAAACAAUCAAGUGUGCCUUCGCCCAAAGGGGCUUAAAUACCCUAUUAUAUGUGUUGAUGAAAAAAUUAGUUUGAAUUUAAAUGAAUAUCUCACAAACCCUACAAAGGUUUGUGAGAAUUCAAUUGUUUGGUCAACAAUGGCCAUUUUCAUCACACAGGUAACUUAAAUUUUUAAAUAUUUUUUAGUCUUAAAAUAGGGAAUGGGACAGUAUUUUUCGGUAUUUAUCGGGUUUUUUUGUAUUUUGUUGUAGGUACGGAAACGGGAUUGUACAAAAUUCCGGGCUUUAAUUAAAAUAAUUAAAAAAAUAUUAUAUCUUAAGGUGUUUAUGGCUAUUUGCCUUCUUUUUAUUUUGAUAAUGCUGUUUAUUAUUAAAAAAAGGCAAACUAUAUCUACUGGUACUUAAAUUUUUAAUUUUAUAAAAAAAUGAUUUUUUUAGAAAUGUCCAAAAAAAUAUCUGUCCCUUUUAUAAACGCUGAGCGUAUCUGCCGCCCAAAGAAGGCACCACCACCACCACCACCAUCUGGCACUUUUGAGGAGAUAG